AUGUUCUCAGUCAGUGACUCCAGUCCAGGAAACUGGAUUACCGGCAGCUACACGGGCGACAGCGAUGCCGUUCGAAUCACGAUCGCGACCUUCAUCGGUGUCGCGUGGUACAAUGUGAUAGAGCUAAUUGUGCUCAUCUUCAUGACCUUCAAACGCUAUGAAGGCGUUUAUUUCUGGAGCAUGUUGAUCGCCAGUGUGGGAGUUCUGCCUUACUCGGUCGGCUACCUGCUCAAGUUCUUCGAGCAAAGCUCGCCAACCUGGGUAACUGUGACGCUAAUAACAAUUGGCUGGUGGACGAUGGUGACCGGCCAGUCCUUCGUGCUAUAUUCGCGUCUCCAUCUGGUGAUCCAAAACCAGCGUGUGCUGCGCAUGGUACGAGCCAUGAUCAUCAUGAACAUUUUCUUCCUGCACGUACCCACAACGGUCCUCACGUACGUCGCCAAUUUCUCCCACACGCAAGCCUCAAUUUCAGGCUAUGAUGUCAUGGAAAAAUUGCAGUUGACCGGAUUCUGCGUGCAGGAGGUUAUCAUCUCCUGCUUGUAUAUGUGGGAAACGAACCGCAUGCUGCGCUUGAAUCAGGACCAUAUGAGCCGCAAGACGAUUCUGCAGUUGCUCGCCGUCAACGUCUCUUGUAUCCUGAUGGAUAUCGCGUUGAUGAUUAUCGAGUUUAGGGACUUCUAUAUCUACCAAACGACCCUCAAGGCUACGUUGUACAGUAUCAAGCUGAAACUCGAGAUUGCUGUCCUCGGAAAACUGGUCAACAUCGCGCACCAGCAUAUGUGGAGAUCCUCAUCUUUCAAUACUACCGGCGGGCAUUACCCGUCCUUUGUUGACCCGAGCCUUGCCUUGCAUGACUUCAACCACGCAGACUCUUUGGCUACGAGCUCGGCGUCUAAGGGUCAUACAUCGGGCACUGAAGCUAUGGAUAUGGAUAUGGAUAUUCGAUGA